CACUUCCUAAUAAUAAUACCUAGUUGUAGCUUGUUUAAUAGUUUUAAAGUAAACUAGUAAUUCUAAAAUGCUAGGAAGUAAAUAUCAACAAGAUGACAAGACAAAAAUCGAAUGGAUUGUUGAAUCUCUUUUAGAAGAAUUAAUUGAACAAAAUUUAAAAGAUCUAUGUUCUUCAAUCAAAGUACCAUCACAUAUUGAUAGUAGUAAUGAUUUACUACUCAAUACUACUACUAUUUCCUUCCAAAAUAAUAAUAUCCAUCAAGAACAACAUUAUAAUUCCAACAUAUCUUCUGAUAACAAGAAUAAUGGAAAAGUACCUUUCCUCUCCAAUAUUCUCAUCAAUGAACAAGGUUUGAAAUUGAAAAUAAUUUUAUUCAAAAGAAUAAUAUUUAAUGAACAAACUGAUAACAUUAUUGAUAGAAAUAAUAGACUCGGUAUCACAAUUGCCUUUUUAACGGAAGGUUUUUAUGAAUGUGAAUUGCUCACCGUUUUCGAUACUGAACACACUCUGUUAUCUCUUCAGAAUAAGAUUCAACAAGAAUACAAUCAAGUUGUAGAAAACGACAAGUCUACUACUUUGAUACAACCAGCAUCUCUUGAAGAACAAUAUUCGGAAGUGAAUAAGAAGGAAUUUUCCAAUUCAAGAGAAGAAAGUUUUGUUUUAGAUUUUGUAUUUUCACAUCUUGUUGAACCUGUUGCUGAUGCCAUAAUUCCACUCUACAACCGUCUCUUUUCACAUUGUAAAAAAAGUAAUUUACUGUUAAGGAAUAAUUUGAUACUUGUAUUACCAGACAUUUUAGAAGAUAUUAACAACCGUGAAUAUGAUGAUAACAACUUAUUUGCAAUUCUAUUCCAUAACAUUACUUCUCAAUCAUGUGUACCAUUACAAUACUUCAAUCCAACGGCAAUCAAAUCUCCCAUUCUCAUAAUAAGAAUGCUAAACAGAGAAUCAUUUUUAAAAAUACAAAACAGAGGUUUGACGAGAUAUCUUCUACAAGAGGGUUUUAACAAUGCCACCUUUCCCACAACUUAUUGGAAUAGUUUUUCCAAAAGGUUAAAUCAAUCAUUAUCGAAUUAUUGUAAUAGUGCAACAUACAAAGUCCAUCAAGAGAAGGCUCAACAAGAAUGUUCAUAUCAGUUUAAAACACUGUCACAGGUUACAGAUUUUAUGAUCACUGAUACAACCGACUACGGUUCAUUCCAUAUGAAGAUCGGUAGUGAUAUUUAUCCUCAAUCUAUUACAGUUUCACUUUCCUUGGUAUCCUAUGAAGUAACUGUAAACAUUCCCUCGGGAGUGCACGAAUAUCUAGUAAGGUCACUCUGUGAAGAAAAUUCAAAACAGUAUCAACAUAAUGGUAUUUUGAUUAAUUGUGGUGUUCAUAGAGAGUUUUUUCAAGAUUUUGGUUAUUUACUCUCUGAUGGAUCAAUAUUUACAAGGAAUAACUCUGGAAAGUGUUCUAACUAUUCAUUUUCUUCACUAAGAUUUGAUUGGUGUUUUGAUUUGCAGAGAGAUGAGAUUGAAUUUGAUAAGGAUACUCUUGUUGUGAAAUGUUGUGCCAAGACAAUGGAGGACCUUGUUACUUCUCUGUACUAUAAGGAUGAUUUCAUAGAAAGGACUAUUUAUUCCAAUAAGAGCCAUGAUCCCAAUUUCAAUGGUCUAAGCAAUGGGUUUCUAUUCAUGAUAAAAUGGAAUAAGAGCCGAUCCAUUUACUACUAUCAACAUGCCGACAGCCAAGCUAUUCCCAUAGAUUAUGACUUGUUUUCUUUAAGUGGAAUGGAUUAUUUUGACAGAAAAGAGUUCAAGUAUAAGCAAGACCACAAGUUGUCUUGUUCUAUUGAACAAAUAGUUCUACUAUCACCUCCUAUUCACUUUUCAACAAGAAUUACUGCUAACAAUAUGGUGAAAUUAGUGGAUUUUGUUUUUAAUACGUUUUCGAGUGUUCUCUCCAAAAAUCCAACACUUCCAUUAGAAAUUUUGGAUAGAUUUGAUAUUGUUGUUAAUUGUUUAGAUUAUGGUUGUGUUACAUUUGGACUAAACUCAUAUUAUGAAAAGAAUUUUCUUUCCUCCAAACUAAAGAAGGAAUGGAUAGAUCGUCAUCUUAAUGUUCGUAAGGUUUUGAAGGAAUUUAUUAGCAAUGAACAAUUAUUUUCUUUUGUUGGACCAAAGUUAUCCUUUUCCAUUCAUUUUCAAUUAAUAAAUUUGACUCAAAUCAUUGAUUGA